AUGUAUAAAUCCCACUGUGGUGAUCCAGUAGGAGGCCAUCUGGCUGAGAGUGUCCCGGAGAAGCCGCAAAGAUCGGCUUUGAAUCAGCUGACCAGAACCCUCCUGAGGAAGUAUGACUGCGGAGUCCGCCCCGUUCACAACUGGACCAGCGCGACCACCGUCUACGUUGACCUCAUCCUACAGUCCAUCCUGGACGUGGACGGAAAAACCCAGACUGUGACCACAAGUAUUUGGUAUAGACAGAUCUGGGCUGAUGAGUUCCUGGUUUGGGACCCGGAGGAAUUUGACGGCAUCGAGGAGAUUUCCCUGUCUUCCGACGCCAUCUGGGUACCCGACAUCAUCGUCAGUGAGUUCGUGGACGAGGGCACGUCCGCGCCCAUCCCGUACGUCUACGUCAACUCCUCGGGCUGGGUGAAGAACUACCGGCCCAUGCAGGUGGUGCUGGCCUGCAGCCUGGAGAUGUACGCCUUCCCCUUCGACAAGCAGAACUGCAGCCUCACCUUCCGCAGCUGGCUCCAUUCAGUGAUGGAAAUUGACCUGGCUCUGUGGAGGAGCGCCGAAGACAUCGCUACUGAUCAGAGGGAGUUCAUGAAUGAUGGCGAGUGGGAGCUGCUGUCCAUACCGUCACGCUACUGGCGCCUACAACAGGACGGCGCCGACUACGCCCACGUCGGCUUCCAUGUCUUAAUCCGACGGCGCCCCCUGCUGUACGUGGUCGGCCUCCUCAUUCCCAGCAUCUUCCUCAUGAUGGUGGACGUGACGGGCUUCUACCUCCCCGUGAGCAGCGGCACCCGCGUGGUCUUCAAGAUCAGCACGCUGCUGGGCUACACCGUCUUCCGCGUCAACCUGACGGACGACCUGCCCGCCACCGCGCUCGCCACGCCGCUCAUAGGUGUGUUCUUCGCCGUGUGCAUGGCCAUGCUCAUGCUCAGCCUGAUCAAGUCCAUCCUGGUGGUGAAGCUGCUCCACCACGGCGAGAAGGAGGUGCGGGAACUGUCCGCGUCGGCCUGCCUCUUGGACAGGUACGGCCUCACGGAGAGCACUUUGACCUCCACCGGGACCCUCGACCAGCUCAACCCAUCUGGAGAUUACGAGUUCGAGGCCUCGCUGGGGGAGGACCUGGAAUCCCUCGUCGACGUCCCGGACAAUCCCUCCAGCCUGGAGCGGAUCCUCCGGGAGCUGCUUUCCCUGCGCUUGGCCUUUUCCCAGGAGGACGGCGAGUCCUGGUCUCAGGACGAAUGGCUGGCACUGUGCAUCAAACUGGACCGCUUCCUCUUCCGCUUCUACCUGAUGGUUCUGGCCCUCUACGCCGGGACCCUGACCCUGCUCUGGGCCAGCUGGAGCUUCGCCUGACAACACCUUGCCGAUUGUGUGCAGCCUUUGUGGGGAGACGUCAAGGUUAUUUGCCGACUCUACGAGUAUUCCAAGAGCAGAACAUCUCCAGCU